AAGCCUCAUUUCCUGAUCUUACUGUCUCACCUGCCGUGCUACUGACAGGCAGAAAUGCAGCAGAUGGGACUUGUGCUCUUGGCCUUGGCUGCCUGCAUGGCCCUUCACACCUCUGAAGCUAUACUUCCCAUUGCAUCCAGCUGUUGCACGGAGGUUUCACAUCAUAUUUCCAGAAGGCUUCUGGAUAGAGUGAAUAUAUGUCGCAUUCAGAGAGCUGAUGGGGAUUGUAACUUGGCUGCAGUCAUCCUUCAUAUCAAGCAAAGAAGAUUCUGUGUCAGCCCUCACAGUCAUAUUAUUAAGCAGUGGAUGAGAGAACAAGUCAAGAAAAAUGUUCACGGCAACAUUUGCCAUAAGAAGAAACACCACAACAAGAGGAACAAUAGAGGGGCCCGUCGGAGGUUCCAUGAAGCCCAUGGCCAUAAGAUGCUUUUCUAGGGUUUGCAAGUGAAUCUACAAAGACAACUUCAGAAGUGAAACUAGCCGUGGAUGAUCGUGCAUUUACCAUAUAAGUGUUCCUUCUUGGGAGCCGAGAGGGCAAAACAAAAUCUAACUUUUUAUAAAAGGAAAAAUAAUACAAUUUGCAAAUGUGGCCAUUAAUAAAUGAAAAAUGAAAAGAUGAUACUUAUCUUCACAUAUUUUAAAAGCAGCAUGCAGAUAUAAUUUCUACAACUUUUUAAAAAAGAUUUAUUUGUGCAUACAAGAACUGGGGUACAGGCCAG